UAGUAUGGUUGUCAUUUCGUCCGUCUAUCAGUAAUUGUGAUAGAUGAAUGGGAAAUAAUUAACUUUGUCGCAGCGAAUAUCAGUGUUGAAUUAAACGAAACCCGUCGUCGUGCUCGAGCAAAUAAAAUAGUGAAUUUUUGGUGGUGUAAACUUUGAUACAACAUAGCCAUGAUCGAUGUAAGAAACAAAGAUGGCGGAAUAAUACGGUGAUCAUAACCAAACGCGUUGUUGUGUAGCGUUAUGUACGGUGGUGGGUGGAGGCUGCAGCAGUGUCGGGGCGCUUGAGUGAGGAGGAGAGGCGCGAUGGGGGCGCGGCCGGGGUGAUGCCGCCGCGGCCUGCGGCCGGCCGCGCGGCCAUGGCGGCCGAGGAUGAACGCCCGCCGUUCGCUCUAUUUACCGCUGUCUACGACUACGUCGCACAGGGAGAGGACGAGCUCUCCCUCCGGCGCGGUGAGAUCGUCGAGGUCCUCUCCAAAGACGCGAACAUAUCCGGCGACGAGGGCUGGUGGACGGGCAAAAUAGGUGAUCGCGUCGGUAUAUUCCCCGCGGUGUACGUUACCGAGGAGGAUCCGCUGGCUGUGGAGCCCCCGCGAGUGUCGUUCAGUGAAUUAAAGUUGGAGGAAGUGAUCGGAGUGGGUGGAUUCGGCAAAGUUUACCGCGGUUACUGGAACGAUGAGGUCGUGGCGGUCAAAGCGGCCCGACAGGACGCGAACGAAGACAUCGAAGUUAUAAAAGAGAGUGUGUUGCAGGAAGCUAGACUGUUCUGGGUGUUACAGCAUGAAAAUAUAGUGUCGUUGAAGGGUGUGUGUUUGGAGGAGCCCAAUUUGUGUUUGGUGAUGGAGUAUGCCCGAGGUGGACCAUUAAACCGAGUGUUGUCAGGGCGCAAGAUUCGCCCCGGCAUCCUUGUGGACUGGGCCAUCCAAGUGGCACAAGGCAUGGCAUACUUACAUGUUGGUGCCCCCAUGUCACUCAUACAUCGGGACCUGAAAAGUUCUAAUGUCCUACUCAGCGAAACUAUACUAUCAGACGACAACCUAGAAAAUAAGACACUCAAGAUCACAGACUUCGGGCUGGCGAGAGAAGUUUACAAGACCACCAGGAUGUCUGCGGCCGGUACCUACGCGUGGAUGCCUCCUGAGGUGAUAAAGAACUCAACGUUCUCUCACGCGUCAGACGUGUGGUCCUACGGCGUUCUGCUGUGGGAACUUCUGACGGGCGAGACGCCGUACAAAGGCAUCGACGCGUUGGCCGUGGCGUACGGGGUCGCUGUGAACAAGCUCACGCUGCCCAUCCCUAGCACUUGCCCUGAGCCUUGGCGCGUACUGAUGGAAGCGUGCUGGCACUCAAACCCUCGCGAGCGGCCUCUCUUCCCCGAGAUCCUGGAGCAACUGGAACGCAUCAGGCAAUCCGAGUUCACCAGGGCUCCGCACGAGUCCUUCCACACUAUGCAGGACGGAUGGCGGCUGGAGAUCGAAGAGGUGUUAAGGGACCUGAGAAGGAAGGAGAAGGAGUUGAGAUGCCGCGAAGAGGAGCUUAUCAGGGCACAACUACAGCAAAGACUAUUGGAACAGAACCUCGCGCAGAAAGAGAGAGAGCUAGAGAUGAGGGAGAUAGACCUAGCGGCCAGGGAGCUUCAUAUACUGAUUGUCGCCAGCAAUAUGUCGCAUAGCCAGCCGCCGCAGCCUAACAAAAGAAAAGGCAAAUUCAGCAAGAUAAAGCUGGUGAAAAAAGACACGAUCUCGUCGCCGCUGGACUUUCGGCACACGCUGACGGUGCGGCCCUCGGACGACGAGUCCAGCGUCAAGCAGCUGGUCGCCGUCGCCAAGGACACGCCGCCCGGCUCGCCCGCCAUCAUGCGCGCCAUCGCACUGCCAGCGGACGGCGUGAAAGGCAAGACGUGGGGCCCGUCAUCGGUCCACCAACGCACGCGCGGGCACCUGCCGCUUCCAGCGCUCGCUCGACCGCGCCACGCGCCGCGUUUCAGCUCGUCUGCGCCCGACCUUCCGCCGCCGCCUGCAGGUUGUUUUCUUCCUUACACAGACUUCAGUCCAGAGGAGUGGGGCCCCGAAUACCCAUUGAGCACGUCCUCAAGAUACACGAUACCUAUGCCGACGCUGUAUAGUACUGAAGGAUACAAAUUCAAGAAGCCAAGUAUAAUAGAGCUGGUGCUUUACAACAUGGCCGCGCUGUUGGGGGGCGUGGCUGCCGGCUAUGACGUCAGAGUUUCAAAUGUCAGUCCGUUGCAUCCUACGUUGCAACCUCACAGGCCAGAAGUAGAAUCGGAGCCGUUAAGUUCGACGCUGUACGAAGGAUACGGCUUCGCCCACAACACCUACCACGGGCCUACGAGGCACCUGCGAGCGCCUCUCAAUGCGAUCACCGGCUCGCCCAUAUCCAGUCUUCAAGCCGAAGAGCAAAAGCCGAUACGUUUCACGGACUCGCCCACGCAAUACGCGCACGGCUCGCCGUCGUCCGGCUACGGACACGCGCAGCCGCUGUCCGCCACCGCUACGUCCGGGCUUGGCACCGCCACGUCCGGACUCGGCACGGCUACGUCCGGACUUGGGACGGCUUAUUCGUCGCAGCCGUCGCCGUCUCCUAGACGCACGUCGUCCACUUCGGCUGCCUCUGAUCAUCUAGCGGAUCUAUACCAUAAUUACAGGGAGAACUUUCAGCCUUCGCCUUCACAGGACCGAGAUUACUACUACCGCGGCGAGAACUUCACUACACCGUACGACCGAACGGCCGAGUACGUGGUCAAGCACCCGCCUUACUACGGCUACGACGAGUGUUCCUUCGAGUACCGCGAGCCGGCGCCCGAUUACCGCGCGCCUGCGCCAUACCUCGCCCAUAGACGCACGCCAUCCAACUCCUCGGCCUCUAAUUCCCACCCAGAGGAAUUCUCUCCUUCGAGACAGUUCCGGCCGACAAAAGAACGCCGGGAGGAAUACAGAGCGAAGACGGAAUACCCCAAAAAGUCGACGGACUACUCCCUCCCGCGGGAUUUCUACCGCCAGGAGACUCAGGAGAUCGAGCGCCCAGCUAAUCUCGGGUUGGAGUUAGCGCCGACGAAGCUGCGCUCGAGUUUGAAGAAGUACAACAAGAAGUCGAGCGCCUCUGGCGGUAGUUCGGGAGGGGACACCCCCACUAACCCCACGCCUCCCGAUAGCCUCACGAGCGAGACGGAUUCAUCGUACGUUUCCGCGCGAGACGCGUCUAGCGGUUCCGCGUCACGAGUGCGCUUCAGCCCUGACACUUUGGAGGGCGCGCUCGACCGGCGGCCGCGACACUCGUAGCGAAGGCUUAAGAAGUUCAACGACUACCUCGUUUGAUCGCGGACUGUUCACACGCUUGCGGGUAGUGCGGGGAACGCUUCAGCUUUUAGCCGCGGACGCGGGUGUUUUAAUCGUCACCGAUCGUUACUUCAGUGCCCGGGUCCGCGCGAUGGCCAUAUCACCAUCCGGUAGAACUGCAAUAAGCUAUGUAUAAAUGCGAUUGUGUUCAUUAUUUAACGUAAUUUUGUAGUUCCAUUGUACAUUAUGUAUAUGUAUGAAAUAAUAUCGAACGGUAUGUAUAGAAAGUGCGCGAUGACACAAUACAGUGCCUAUUUGUAGUACGACGUGAAUUUAGGAUGUAUUUUAAAUUAUUUUUCUCAGUUGUAUUAUAAUGUUGAAUGUAAUCAGAGAGAAAGAUGACGUUAUAUACAAAAUUUGUUAUACACACCCAAUUUAAAUGCAAUUUUUGGACACAGAUUUAUCCUAAUCCUUUAGCAAUAGACGCAAAAUGCUUAGAUUGUGUACAAAUUGUAAAUAUUACAAUCGACAAAAGCUUAUUUUAUAUUAUACCCAGCAUUUAUUUUUGUUACAACGUGGGAAAUUAAUAUUUUUUUUUUUUUUUUGUUGAAUUAUAAAUAGUACAAAUGUAUUUUUAAGAAUGUUUUAUGAACUAUGUGGUUCAGAUGAAAAUUUAUUUUUAACUUUGACGUAAAUAUAACUUGUAUAUUUCAACUAACAAGUAAUAUAUUAUGUAUAUCGAGUAAAUAAUGAGUUGUAUGCAUUUUAUACAAAUAAAGAUCAAAUGUUAGAUAUUUUUUACUAAAAUAUCAGUAAUUAUAGUUAGAUGUAGAAAGAGCAGCUUUUGUAUCCCACAGUGAAUAAUGUUAAAUGAGGAUCAUUUCGAUUUUUAGCUGUGAAUGCAGAUUUAUAGGGCUAAGAAAUCCUUAAUACACAGUCCAAAAAUUUUUGUUCUACGACAAAAAUUGACGAAGUUAUGGCCAAAUUACUAAAAAAGUUCACUGACCGCCCGGCGCGGGGACGAUGACGUCAUUAUAUCCGAUCCGAACGCUGCCGGCGUACUGCAUGGAUAGAAAAUAUUUUUUUCUAGCCAAACUAUCAGUUUUAGAGAAAAACUUGUAAUGACAUUUAUUCAUCAGAAUAAAGUAAGCUAUCGAUAGGUAAUUUUUAAAAAUAGAAAUUGUGAAAAAUAACGCAAAAAAUGGAACGCAGAGACGCGAUUGAGGUCUCCGCGGUGGUAUAGGUAUUUGGCGAUUUAUUCAAAUAAAGUGUUCAUAAGUGUUGUUAGAGUCAUAUCUUCUUCCAAGUAAAAUAUAAAAAUGUAUAAGUAUUAAUUUAUUUACUUCUAACAAUAAGGUAUAGCUGAGGCAGAUUCACUAUCCCUAGGCUACAAGACAUUGCUAUGAAGAUCAUUUCGAUGUACACGCAAUACCUACCUGUUAUUUAGUUUUUCUGAGUUAAACCUACGUACCUACCUAUCUAUUCGCCGUUCCCAUGGGCGGGCCAGCUGCUGCAGGAAAGGACAGCUGCUCCCUCCUGGAAAUCUAUUUAUUCUUAGCCUAGAUGCUGGGUA